UCUACCGCUCGCGCUCGGGGGUUCCUGUUGGCGAGGCGAUGGCAACUUCAACGGAGCGCCGCGCUUUCGCUCAGAAAAUUAACCGGACUGUGGCAGCUGAAGUCAGAAAGCAAGUGUCCAGCCAAUAUAGCAGCUCGCCGCAGCUAUCCAAGAAACGCAGUGGUUCCCAUCAGUUGGUACCCCUUUCUGAAGUGGUGGAGCCCGUAGACUUUGAGGAAUAUCUGACUACACAUCCCCCAGCCCCAGAACCAGGCCCACUCCGAGAUCUACUUGAGUUUCCUGCAGAUGAUAUUGAGAUAGUAUACGAGCCACGAGAAUGUCGAACUGUGGAGCCUGGGGUUCCAGAGGAAAUGGGAAUGGAUCCUCGUGUGAGGGACUCAGUACAAAUCUACACUGAAGACUGGAUCAUCAUUCAUAGAAAGUAUCAAAAGCUGAGCACUGCAUUUAACCCCAACACAUUGGAGAAACAGCGUGAAAGACAGCGGGGCUUGCCCAAGCAGAUCUUUGAGUCUGAUGAAGUUGUUGAUGACCGAACGAGCCAGGAUGAUCAGGAUGAGUUGAAGCGAAGAUCAGUGUCUCUGGACGACACACCACGGGGCAGCUGGGCCUCCAGUAUCUUCGACCUGAAGAACUCAACUGCUGACUUGCUGCUUCCCAGCCUCCUGGAACGCACAGCCCCUGAAGAAGUGGACAGACGCAAUGGGGAGCAGAGGAAAGAGAAUAGGCACCGAGAAGUGCUGGCACUCUUCCCACCAUCAGAUGAGGAUGAAGCGAUUGAACGAUGCACCAUUCCUGAAGUCCCAAAAGAACAUUUUGGACAAAGAAUCCUUGUAAAAUGCCUGUCAUUGAAGUUUGAAAUUGAAAUCGAGCCCAUAUUUGGUGUUCUUGCCCUGUAUGAUGUGAAGGAAAAGAAAAAGAUUUCUGAGAACUUCUAUUUUGAUUUGAACUCUGACCAAAUGAAGGGCUUACUCCGAACUCAUAUUCCCCAUGCUGCAAUAUCAACGAUGGCCAGGUCCACCAUAUUCUCAAUAACAUAUCCUUCCACUGACAUAUUCCUGGUUAUUAAGCUUGAAAAGGUUCUGCAGCAGGGUGACAUUGGGGAGUGUGCUGAACCCUACAUGGUUAUGAAGGAGUCUGAUUCUACCAAGCACAAGGAGAAGGUGGAGAAGUUGAAGAAUCAGGCAGAACAGUUCUGCAACAAGUUGGGAAAAUUCCGAAUGCCCUUUGCCUGGACUGCCAUCCACCUCAUGAACAUUGUGAGCAGCGCAGGGAGCCUGGAGCGUGAUUCCUCAGACUCAGAAAGUGAGCGAAAGGGAACGUGGGCAGAUCGGAAGAAAAGAACAUUGGAACGGAUGAGCAUUGGAGAUGAUGCCUGCAAUUAUACAAACUUCCGGCCAGCUACUCUGACUGUCACAAACUUCUUCAAACAGGAAGGGGAUCGUUUAAGUGAUGAAGACUUGUACAAGUUCCUGGCAGACAUGAGAAGGCCCUCGUCUGUUCUGCGGAGACUGCGACCAGUGACUGCUCAAUUAAAGAUUGAUAUAUCUCCUGCUCCCGAAAGUCCACACUACUGCCUGUCCCCUGAGCUGCUCCAUGUCAAACCAUACCCAGAUCCUCGAGUCCGUCCAACGAAAGAAAUCCUGGAGUUUCCAGCAAGAGAGGUCUAUGUGCCCUACACAACGUACAGGAAUCUACUAUAUGUCUACCUACAGAGUUUGAAUUUCAGCAGUCGUCAGGGGUCUGUACGGAAUAUUACGGUGAAAGUCCAGUUUAUGGCAGGCGAGGACCCCAACACUGCCAUGCCGGUUAUCUUUGGGAAGUCUAGCUGUGCAGAAUUUUCUAAAGAAGCAUACUCUGCUGUGGUGUAUCACAACAAAUCACCAGAGUUUUAUGAGGAAAUAAAAAUGAAGAUACCAGCAAACCUGACAGAUAACCAUCACCUGCUCUUCACUUUCUACCACAUUAGCUGUCAGCAGAAACCCAGUUCGUCAUUGGAGACACCAGUUGGCUACACAUGGAUCCCCUUGAUGCAACACGGCCGCCUCCGAACUGGAUCAUUCAGCCUCCCAGUGUCAGUGGACAAGCCACCUCCUAGUUACUCCGUGCUCACUCCUGAUGUCCAACUGCCUGGAAUGAAGUGGGUCGAUAACCACAAAGGAGUUUUUAAUGUCGAAGUAUUGGCAGCCUCAUCAGUCCAUACCCAGGACCAAUUUUUGGAUAAAUUUUUCACUCUGGUGCAUGUCCUGGAGGAAUACUCCUUCCCUUUUCGGCUGAAGGAUGUCAUAAUCUCUGAGAAUAAUGUGGAAACGGAGUUGAAAGCCAGUAUAACCAACUUGCGAUCUGCAAGGCUGGAGCCACUGCUCCGAUUUGUGCACCAUGUCCUCAACAAGCUCAUCCUCUUAAUUGUCCGCCCUCCAGUUAUCAAUGGGCAAAUAGUAAACCUGGGUCGAGUUGCUUUUGAGGUCAUGGCUCAACUCGUCAAUCAGAUCCACAAGAACUUGGAAGGCACUCAAGAUCAGCAUGGGCGCAACAGCUUGCUGGUAUCCUAUAUAUACUACAUGUUUCAUCUUCCAGACACCGACCGCUGUCCCCAGUUCUCCGGACCAACCAACCCCUCUUACGGAGGACCCAUUCAGUAUGCCACCUUAUCCCGUGCUACUGCCAGGCCUACAAGUCUCAACCUGUCUCGUUCCAAGAGCAUCAGCAACAGCAAUCCAGACCUUGCCACAACACCAGCAACACCAGAUGAUGAGGUUACAAAAAUUAUGGGUUGCAAAGGGAUCGAUCGCUCUCACUCCUGGGUUAAUUCUGCUUACGCUCCCGGUGGGCCAAAGGCUGUCUUGCGGAGAAACCAUCCCAAUUCCAGCUGUGAUCUAAAGCAGGCAGCUGAGCGGAGUCCCAACCGCAUGUCAUCUUAUCUGGAAGGCUUCAAUCAUUCACAGUACAGUCACCCAAGAUUUUCAACAAAAAAGUUGCUCCAUGAGGAGCUCACUUUACAGUGGGUUGUCAGCAACACAAAUGUGCGAGAGGCAGCUUUACAGCAGGCUUGGUUUUUCUUCCAGCUUAUGGUAAAAAGUAUGGGCCAUCAUCUCCACCUUUCAGACAGGUUUGAGGCCCCGAGGAAAAUGAGAUUCCCGGAGAGAUUUGUGGAUGAUAUUACAGCUUUAGUCAGCAUGAUUACUUCAGACAUUGUCAGCAGGUUCCACAAGGAUAUUGAAUUGGUGGAACGGUUGAAUACCAGCUUGGCAUUCUUUCUGAAUGAUUUACUCUCCCUGAUGGACCGAGGAUAUGUUUUCAGCCUCAUCCGCAUGUACUACAAGCAGGUCAAUAAUAAACUGCAGAGUUCACAGAACCCAAAUGCCCUCAUUGCUCUGCGACUGGACUUCAUUCGCAUUAUCUGCUGUCAUGAACACUACGUCACACUAAAUCUCCCAUGCAGCACCCUGUCUCCUCCUGCAUCUCCAUCCCCAUCAGUCUCCUCAGCCACCUCCCAGAGUUCGGGCUUUUCCACACUACUUCAAGAUCAGAAGAUAGCCAACAUGUUUGAAAUGUCUGUACCUUUUCGACAACAGCACUUUCUCGUGGGAUUACUGCUGACUGAACUAGCUUUGAUCCUAGAACCUGAUGUCGAAGGAUUGUUCUUUCUGCAUAAAAAAGCAAUUGGUGCAAUCCAUAACCUAAUGUGCAGCCACGAUGCAGACCCUCGGUACACUGAUUGCGAGGUGAAAGCCCAUGUUGCUAAGCUGUAUUUGCCACUAAUCGGCAUUGUUAUGGACACCCUGCCACAGCUGUACGAUUUUACAGCAGAAAAUGGUAACCAGAAGGGCCGGCUGACUGCCUCAGCAAUGGAUGAAGUGGAUACUGAGAACAGCAGCAUGAUCAGUCAGACAAUCGCCAUGGCAAUAGCAGGGUCGCCUGUACCUCACCCAAACAGAAGCUCCCCAUUCCAGCUUCCAGUUAUGCCCAGCCGGCAGUAUUCCACCUUGUCAGCCGAAUCAAGUCGCAUCCUUCUCAUCUGUUUCCUGUGGGUCCUGAAGAAUGCGGAUGAAGGGAUCCUACAGAAGUGGUUCACUGACUUGUCAGUGUUCCAGUUAAACAGACUAUUAGACUUGCUAAACCUCUGCAUAUUCUGCUUCGAAUAUAAAGGUAAGAAGUCUUUUGAGCGGAUUAACAGCCUGACAUUUAAGAAAUCCCAGGAUAUGAAAGCACGACUGGAGGAGGCCAUACUUGGCACUGUAGGAGCUCGACAAGAGAUGGUGCGCCGGAGUCGCGAGAGGAGCCCGUAUGGAAGCCAAGAAAAUGUUCGCUGGCGAAAGAAUAUCACUCACUGGAGGCAGAAUGCUGAUAAAGUUGACAAGUCAAAGGCUGAAGUGGAGCACGAUACCCUCGUAGAUGGGAAUCUGGUUACUGAAGCUAACCUCAUAGUUUUGGACACACUUGAAAUUAUUGUUCAGACAGUUAUGGUAUCGGAGUCGAAAGAGAGUGUAUUAAGUGGAGUGCUGAAGGUCAUUCUACACGCCAUGGCCUCCAACCAGAGUGCUCUCUUCCUGCAACACUGCUUUGCCACACAGCGGGCAUUGGUCUUUAAGUUUCCUGAAAUGCUGUUUGAGGAGGACACUGAGCUUUGCGCUGAUCUCUGUUUAAGGCUCCUGCGACACUGCAGCAGCAGUGUGGGCACCAUCCGAGCACAUGCCAGCGCCUCACUCUACCUUCUGAUGAGGCAGAACUUUGAGAUUGGCAAUAACUUUGCCCGAGUGAAAAUGCAAGUCACAAUGUCCUUGUCAUCGCUGGUGGGCACUUCCCAAAAUUUCAAUGAAGAAUACCUUCGUCGCUCAUUGAAGACCAUUCUGACAUACGCUGAGGAGGACCUGGAACUGCGAGAGACUACCUUUGCUGAGCAGGUACAAGACUUGGUGUUUAAUCUGCACAUGAUUCUCACAGACACAGUGAAGAUGAAGGAACACCAGGAGGAUCCGGAAAUGUUAAUGGAUCUGAUGUACAGAAUUGCCAAAGGUUACCAGACAUCACCGGAUUUGCGCCUGACCUGGUUGCAGAAUAUGGCAGGAAAGCACUCUGAGCGAGGUAACCACGCUGAAGCGGCACAGUGCCUGGUGCAUUCUGCGGCACUGGUGGCAGAAUACCUCAACAUGUUGGAAGACUGCCGGUACCUGCCAGUGGGCUGUGUCAGCUUUCAGAACAUAUCAUCGAAUGUUCUUGAGGAAUCAGCUGUAUCAGAUGAUGUUCUUUCUCCUGAUGAAGAAGGAAUUUGUGCCGGGAAAUAUUUCACAGAAGCUGGUCUGGUGGGAUUGCUUGAGCAAGCGGCAUCCUCCUUUACAAUGGCUGGGAUGCAUGAAGCUGUAAAUGAAGUGUACAAGAUCCUGAUCCCAAUCCACGAAGCCAACCGGGACAGUAAGAAACUGGCAACAAUCCAUGGAAGACUACAAGAUGCUUUUAACAAAAUUCCAAAUCAGAGUUCUGGCUGGGAGAGGAUGUUUGGGACUUACUUUCGAGUUGGUUUCUAUGGUUGUAAGUUUGGAGAUUUGGAUGAACAGGAGUUUGUUUACAAGGAGCCUUCAAUCACUAAGCUAGCAGAGAUUUCAUAUCGGCUUGAGGAAUUUUACCGUGACCAAUUUGGUGAAGAGGCUGCUGAGAUUAUUAAAGAUUCCAAUCCGGUUGACAAAGCUAAACUGGAUCCUAAUAAGGCAUACAUACAGAUCACAUACGUUGAGCCUUUCUUCGACACCUAUGAGAUGAAGGACCGAAUCACUUACUUUGACAAGAAUUAUAACCUGCGCUGCUUCAUGUACUGCACACCCUUUACAUUAGAUGGUCGUGCUCAUGGGGACCUGCAUGAGCAGUAUAAACGGAAGACUAUCCUCACAACCUCGCAUGCCUUCCCCUACAUCAAAACCAGGAUCAAUGUCAUCCAUAAGGAAGAGACUAUAUUAAUCCCAAUUGAAGUCGCGAUUGAAGACAUGCAAAAGAAGACCCAAGAGUUGGCUUUUGCCACACACCAGGAUCCAGCAGAUGCCAAAAUGUUGCAGAUGGUAUUGCAGGGAAGCGUAGGAACCACAGUCAACCAGGGGCCUUUGGAAGUGGCCCAGGUUUUCCUAGCAGACAUUCCAGAUGAUCCCAAGCUCUUCCGACAUCACAACAAGCUACGCCUCUGCUUCAAAGACUUCAUGAAGCGCUGUGAAGACGCUUUACGCAAGAACAAGACUCUGAUUGGGGCAGACCAGAAGGAGUACCACCGAGAGUUGGAACGGAACUAUCACCGACUGAAGGAGUCUCUACAGCCAAUGAUUAACAGGAAAAUUCCCCAGUUAUACAAGUCUCUCAUACCCAGCACAAGCCACCGGAAUUCUUUCAGCAGAUCGAGUCUGCGUAAAGUGGAAAUUUGAAGACCCUGUGGAUGCUUUUAUUCUUUUCUUUUCUCGUGCAUGAAGGACUUGGUAUGAAGGAGGAUCAUGUAGAAGGGACGACACCCAGUACUCAGCAUCUAUUUUCUUUAAAGCCUUCUCUUCAGGUCUCAUACAACAGAAGGCAGGUGACUACAAAAUCCAAGCCAAGUGUGACUGAAGCUUUGCUUUCACAGUCCAGUCACAGGAAACCAUUUUCCAAAUAAGAAUUGUAGCUCUGAGACAGCCUGGUGGCUAGAUCUGUAUGAGCUGAUUUUAUGUUGCUCGUGGCAUCAUUUCAUUCAUUGCCAAGAGUGAGUUAACUUGUGAAAAUGCAGACAUUUGAAGAAAAAGACUUGUCUGCGUCCAUUGGAGAUGCUGCAGUGAUGAGACAAAGGGUUGUCUUUGCUUGAUAUGUUGUUCUUUCCAUGUCCUGUACACCUGUGCCCUAUGCAGUAUUACAUGGGCCAUUCUGUAUCAGUAACAACUGGGAAAAGUUGGAUAUGCGCCACGUUGUGGAGUGGGCACUGAUCUUUCUUUUGUGAGAGUUUUUUUUUGACACAAAAGUGUCUGGAGAUACAAAAAGGCAGCAUUUGGCACUGCCUUAAGUUGGCAUUGUAUAACAGAACAUGUAUUGGGUCAAUCUUGAUUAAGUAUACCACUAACUUGGAAAGCAGACUUAUACCACUGUGAUGCCUACCAAUCACCACCAUUGGUCAAUUAGUAGCUGUUUUGUAAUGUCAUUACUAUUUCCAUUAUGCAAAUAUUUUAUGUAUGUACCUUCUCGGAACCACUAAUUAGUCAGUUGGUGGUUUCAGGCACUGAUUCCUUUCCAGUAGAUGUAGGCUGUAGACCUGGAAUAAGACUUUGAAAUAACCUGCCCUGAUUGUGCAACUCCAUUUUGUUUCCUGUUGCCGAGUUUUGUGGUGUUUCAUGCACUCCGAUUGUGCAUUGUUAACCUUGUUAGUCAAUAAGGUGGAGGAACUGCCUGUUGUAGCACCUGAAGAGGCUAAUGACAUCCCAGCACAUCCACUCAGACCUUUUCCUGCAAACCCCAGCUGACAAAUGAACUGGGCUAACAAGGAAUUUUGGAGAUGUGCCUGAGAUGAAAGGUUUUUGUUUGGACACAGCUGGUAGACCGGGUUACUAAACAGUACCCUCAUCUGUGUGCAAGUCCAAGUGAUGAUAGGGGUAGAGUACCGCAUCCUAAAGUGGGAGAGAAUGUAUAGACCUGUAGUGGAUGAUGUUGGCCUCUGCUUUAGGAAAUCCUUGCUUCCUUGUUUAAAAGAAAAAGUCACUCCAGAAUAGAGGAGACCUUUGUGCACUGUUAGUGAUUGGUCAAAUUUUACAGAUCAUGUAAAGUUAAUGCUGUUUACAGUGUUAUGAAAAUGUAUCUGUCAAAAAAAGCGGUCUUACUGCAAUCAAUGUUUAAUCCUCAUGUCCGUAUUCAGGGGCUGAACUAACACUAUAAAGACCCAAAACGUUCUAUAUUUUAAGAAUGCCAGAGAGUUAAUGCUAUGCUUGCAGUAACAUAGCAUCAUAUCUUCAUAUCUGUACAGAAACAUCCCUAACUCAAUACAAAUGUGUAGAUGUGCACCACAUCACUUCAGUCCCCCACAUUCGUUACCGUUUUUUCAGAAUGAAACCUUCUGAGUUGAGCAUUCUCUCACCCUUUCUCUCAUUGUUAUUGGUCUUAUAUUAUGUGUAUCUGUAUUUCUGUUAAUGCUUGCCUUUAAUUUAAAAGAGACCAAAUUAAUUUUCCACUCUAUACUCUGAUUAUCUUGACUUCAUUAUAAAUAGUGACAGGUCCAAGGCACAUGAAUCCCCUGGUAUCUAAUGUGUGAUUUUUUUUACACCUGGCUCCUCCCAUCAACCCAAACCAGCAUUUGGUUCAUGGCAGGGGCAACUUCCUUUACAUCUCCUUUCAAUGUUUGAAGAAGACCAAGGAGAGAAUUCUGGAUAAAGCCACCAUAUUCCCAUACAAUCCGAGUGCCUUUAUCCUUGGAGACAGUCCGUUCUGGCUGUCAUGGUUAAAACCUGAUCCUGCUGUCUCAUCUGGAACAAGCUGAUUGUAAUCUUUACUCAGAUCUGUUUCCGUAUUUUUUAUGAUUUAUUCUUAUUUAUUCAGAAUUAUUUAAAAUAAGAUUUAAUGGGAUUUUUACACAGAGCAUGUUUAUUAAAAAUUGUUGAGGUCUGACGCACUUUGUCUAUAAAAUCCAGUAACCAGGGCUUUUAUUAGACAUUUACUUAGCUAGGGCUGGUUUGUCCCACUUUUCCCUCCACUUGCAAAGAGAGGAGGGAGCUAUAUUUCUAGUCUAGAUAUGUCUACUAGAUGCUCACGUUUACAAACUUUAUAGGUUUGUGCUCCCGAUUCCUUUUAUAUUAGACUCCUUGCACCGAGGUGCAAGCUGUUUGCAUAUAAGCAGCCAAACUGAAAGGAAAUUGACUGAGCGAUUAGUAGAAGGGAGGGGUAUAGAUGCCGGCAGCCCUCAGGCAAUCACCAGGAUUGUCGCUAUCCUUUUCUAAGUUGCUACAGCUGGUGUUGGUGCACCUCUGAGUCAUCGUUGUGGAUUCAGCUUUUGUCCUGUCCUACCAGUCCCACGCACUUACACAAAACAUGCAGGGACCAGGGCUGGAAACCGCCUGCUGACCUCCUGCUCAGGGGCCUGUGGGGUUGACCUACCAUCAACCUGACUGAUUCAGCCUGUAAACUAGGUUUAACAAAGGAGCCAUUAGAAACAAGAUGGAUUGGGACCAAAUUUGGGAACAGCAUAAGAGGGCAGUAAUGAACUGGGCAGGGAAAAAGAAUUUCAUUGCCAAAUACCACUAUAGCAGCAGGAAGGAGAAUGUGGAAUGUGCACUUUUUCAAGGCGGUGACAUCUUGAGUGAGAAUGCACUGUUUCCCUUCACUGGUCAGAGGCUGGAAGAGGUUAUAAGGGAACCUUGAGAAUCAUAUAGAAUUUUGCCAAUCUCUUAUUGUGGCAGGAAUUAUACCACAAGUCUGACUGCAUUGCUAUGAUUUCUCAUAAGGUGACAUUCCUGUAGUGCAGCUGGUGCAGAGACACUAAGGCAAUAUUAGUUAUAUGUAUUUUUGAUUGUUUAUAUUAGAAUGCUAUAUAUUGCAAUCCAUAAUAUAUCUGAGUUACAGGGACCAGUAAUAAAUAUGGGAAAGUUGUCACUAAACCCAUUGUUGCCUGAUGUAGAUAUAAAAAUUGCACAUGUUAAAAAUCCAAAAUAAGAAAAUUCUGGUGUAAUACAGUCAGUCAAUUAAUGUGAGUAAGGUGUACUAAGAGGAUGUCUUUCACAUUAGACUGUCCACAAGCACUACCAGACAACUCUGGGCACUGAGUGCAAGAUAGAGUUAUUUCCUGUUCUGGAACUAGCUAACCUGUUUAUGUAUUUCCAGCAAUUUCUUGUUUGUAUUUUCUUAUAGCUAGACCACAUUCAUAUGCAUUCAGUGCAGUGUGUUCUGAAUUUAAACAAGCUUUUGUUAGCUAUAUUCUUAUCUAGUAAUUGGGAAGAAGAAACCAUCUCCCUCCAUUAAGAAGACAACAAAACUAUUUCAUUGGAGUCAGGCCUCACUAUUAGUGCUGUUUUGUGUGUGUGUGUGUGUGUAAGUAAAAUAUAUAUAUUUUAUAUAAUAUAAAUAUAUAUUAUAUAUAUAUAAAAAAUUGAGUGUAAGUUGUUUGUAGAUUGUAGGUUCUGGUUAUCCAAUUAUAUGGAUAAAAUUCUGUCAGUGACUGAGAUUCUUGAACCGCCUCUUGUUAAGUGGAACAGUGCCACAGGACAUCUUCCAAAGCACUGGUUGCUGGGAGUUUUCAAGUCCCAUAGUGUUGCCUGCCCGUCUUCAACCUGUUUUUCUCAGGUUGCUGUGUUAGCUCAAUGUUUUUUUUUUCUAGAGUACCUUUGCACUUUUAUUUUGCGAGGGGAGGGUUGAGUUUAGGAAACGGUUGAGCUUGUCUUUGAGAUGGAUUUUUCUUUUGAACUUGUAAUAAUCUGUGUAAAUCAAUAAAGAAUCUCUGCUUUGA